CCCAUCCCCCCAUCCCCCCAUCACCCUUCGUACGCUGUACUCCGUAUCCACAACCAGGUAAACUCUGCCUCGCUUAACCUGCUUCCAUCCAUUCGACUUCAGCGAUAAAGUUCUCUUCCUCCCACGACCUCCCCCGCUGCGCGGAUGUGUUUUGUGUUUGCUGCUCUCCCUACCUACCCUGCCCUGACCCGAUCCGUGUCUGUGUCUGUGCCUGCGCCUGUGCCCAGCAGUGGACGCUCCUCUUGUUCACUAGUACUAGUGAAUUCAUCUGCCCUCGCCUCGACAUCAUGUCGUCAAUAGCAGGAGGCCAAGAGGGCUCGGAAGAUGUCACCGACUUCCUCCAACGCAUCAAGGAAUUGGGUGACAAGCGAGACCAGGAAGACGAGGAGCGCAAUCGAAAGCUCGAGGAAGAGAUUCUGCAAGGCCGCAAGGAACGACAAGCAAGACGAACGGGUGAGUUUGCAUACCUAUACUGUACUCGGUGUUGAUUGUUUUGGUCGACGCUUCGUGAUCCCCCUCGUGCACGCCGCCCUACCUACACUACACUACACAACCCCUCCUCCCAGUGGCCACGAGCCAGGAACCACGAAAAUGGAAUGCUAGGUGAUGAUGCGAGAGUAUUCAACCCAAACUAACGCCAAACAACACAGAGCGCGCCAGGUCGAUCUCCCCGACCAAGUCUUCACCUGCCAAUACGCCAACCGCGCCGAGAGUCACAUCGAUCCUCCCAACGACCGCCGACCAACAGCUCCCUUCGAGCCCGAAAGCAACAGCGCAAGAAACCACAGCAGAGGCAGAGGACACGAUGGAUCAGCAGGCCUCAGCUAGGUCGAGGUCGAGGUCAAGCUCCCCCAAUAAAGAAAAUCACAAUAUGGCGCUGCGCUCCAGUGAAGGUCCUGCGGGCUCAGAUCUUCAGCGAACCGAUCUCAUAAAACCGACCUCUCCUUCGAGCGCGAUGCCUUCGAGAAACUCGCCUCUGUCCUGGCAGAGACGGCCAAGUACACAAUCUUCAGAUCCAUCCAAAAGUCGACCGCUGUCGAGGGGCGCGAUGGAAAACGCGGCUCGAUCACCCAAAACCCCAUCACCACGAGAACCCAUAUCUGCCCCGGCAGAAGCGACCCCUUCUCGAGAACAGAUCGCACAAUCACUAUCCGAUAAAGAUCCCUCUUGGUUUCGGCAGAUAGCAGAUCGAGGCAUGAAUUCCCCCGCAUAUAGACGCACACAGGUGGAGGACGAUGCGAGGUCCGAUCAUGGGCAGAACUCUCCUAGAGUACCAAUGCCCGGAAUGUUGCGCGAGGUAUCAUUGGAAAAACCCGCAGAGGAUUCAACGAGCCGACCUUCUUCUCCUCGAAGGAAUACUAUACAUGGCGGCAGUCCUAAAAGAGGGUCCUACCACAGUCAUUCCAAGAGCGUCGUUGGAUUAUUCGGUUCCCCAGUUCCAAUGGUCGGUGCCCAGCGACUUGAUCCCCCCGAGUCAAACUCAUUUCGUGGGGUGGUCAUGCCUCCUCAGCGUCAAAUGACACCGGAUUCGAAGAGCGUCAUCGGAUUAUUUGGUUCUCCAGUUCCAAGUGUCAGCACCAGGAUCAACACCCAACGAUUCGAUCCCCCUGAUUUUGACGAGGCUCAAAAAUCUCCAGUUGGCAAGAGCGUUUUUGGAUUAUUCGGCUCUCCAGUUCCAAGUCUCGGCACCCAGCGACUCGAUCCCCCUGAUUUUGGCGCGAGUCGAAGAGUUCCAAUUCCCAAGAGCGUGACUGGAUUAUCUGGUUCUCCAGUUUCAGGUCUCACUACCCAGAUCAGCACCCAGCGAUUCGACCCCCCUGAUUUUGACGAGAGUCGAAAAUCACCAGAUGCCAAAAGCGCCAUUGGAUUAUUCGGUUCCCCAGUUCCAACGGUAAGCGCCCACCGACUCGAUCCGCCUGAUUCAGACGCGAACUCUGAUCGAGGAAUGGCAAUGUCCCCUUCUCAGGGUCGAAUAUCCCCAGAUAGACUUGAUCGCCCUCUUUCUCCUACGAAAGGCAUGGGUGGAUUCGUUCAAAGUGCAAUGAUGAAACGUUCAGAUAGCGUGAACAAAAGAUGGAGCGUUCAAUCACCCACUGGUAUAGGUAGAAAAAAUUCAUUGGCCAGUAAUAGAAGCAACAAUGACAAUGGCAAUAUCUCACCAGGUCUUGCGAAUACGGCAGCUUUCAGUGGACAAAACUCCCCUCGACCUUCUUCAAGGCCUAACUCGAGCCAUAACUUCAGCGCUGGUCAAGAGAAUUCAUCAGGGGGAAAUCCAUCUCCUAGUCGUGAGGCAUUUGUCAAACCUGCACUGCCAGUCUCCCGUGCCAGUACCCCACAACCUCUGUCAGUCGCCUCCGAGAUCUCUCCGGAUAUUGCAAGUCGUUCAGAUGCAUCCCCUCCGGCCAGCCCUACGAAGACAGCCGAUACCAGAAGAUGGAGUCCGACGAAAUCCAGUUGGCUUGAAAGUGCACUGAACAAACCAGAUUUUCCAAAACCAAAAGCUACACCCCCUCCACAGCAACCUGCGUGGAUGGCGGAAAUCGCCAAAGCGAAGCAAAAGGGUAGCGUGGAUCUUGGUCGUAGUCCAACAGCAGCAAGACACGAAGUCAAAGUGGGCGGCCUUAUGAGAUCUCCCGCUCCUGGGGCUCCCCCUAAACCCAUGAGUAUCAGUGGACUUCCGGCUGGUUUCGUGGCCGGAGCUAUCUCUAAGAGUCGUGCUGAUAGCAUUUCACAAGAACCGUUGAAAAGCCCUGGAACUCCAGGAAGUGGCAAGCCCUCUCCACCCCCAAUCAAAGCAAAAUCACCACCACUCAUGGCUGCAAAAUUCACGCCCGAUACACCUCCCGCAAAUGAUUUUAGAGCUUCCUUGAAAUCUCGACUGUCUCCCUCGGAUAACAGUGGAUCUACUGAACCGGAGUUCAAGAAUGUGUUUGGUCAACUCAAACGGACCAAGACGCAGAACUAUGUUGCACCAGACGAAUUGAAGAAUAAUAUUACACGUGGGAAGGCAGCUCUGAAUAUUACUGGUGGUCCUAAGAAGACUGAAAGAGUGGAUGAGUUCAAAGAUGCCAUUUUGAAGAAGAAGGAAGACUUCAAAAAAGCUCAGGCUGAGGGUAAAGGCAUUCGGCCAUCCAGCGGAUCGGUCAGUGAGAAUACUAUACCAGAGGCAUUGGCCAGAAGGAGGGCAAUGACAAAAACCGACCAGCCAGGACCUUUGAGUCCCCCGAGUAGGUCUCCCAUGGAACAGGUUGAUUCCCCGCCAUCAAACACGCCCACAAAAGUACCUAACGAAUCCGUUCCCGUUCCAGGAAGAGGUUCGGUAGGAGGAAAGCUCGCUGGUCGACUCAAUCCAGCUUUGGCAGGGUUACUUGCUCGAGGUCCACCAUCUGCCGGUAGCGACCGUUCAUCGAGUCCGGCAAUGUCUACUUCUUCACAGCGUACAGUGAGCAUGAGCACGUCUACUACAGUGGGUGAGCCAGAUGCAGGACCGCAACUUACACAUAUGACCAAAGGUCGCGCUCGUGGUCCAAAGAGGAGAAAUCCCACCACUGCCCCUGCGGCUCCAGUUUCGGUGGAUAAUAUUACUUCUACUAGUGCCGCCGAACCAACCAAAUCUCCUACUCCACCAAGCGAAAAGACAUCGUCGCCUGCAAAGCCUUUGUCGCCUACGAAGAUCACAAGUCCACUAUUUGAGAAAGCGGCAUCAUCCUCCAAACCUUCAUCACCUACCAAGUUUGAGGGCGAAUCUUCUGCAUCACAACCUCCUUCUCCUCGCAAAUUGGAUAUGAAAAGACGAUCACAAUUCCUUCAAGACGCUGCUAAUGAGACGGGCAAAGUCGAAACGCAGUUGGACUCCCCUAAACCACUUUCACCUAUCAAGAUUGCUAAUACGACCGAGAUACCUUUGAAUACCAAAUCACCCAGUCUUGAUUCCCCCAGAUCUGCAAAACUUUCGCCAAGCCUCUUUUCAGAAAACGCUCAAAAAACAGGACCGUUAUCCCCAUCGCAAGACACACUCAAAUCAAGCCCGAUCACACCCACAGCAUCCUCAUACCUUACUAAAUCUACAGCAUCCUCAAAUCCUGAAUCCCCCAAACCCGAAACCUCGGAUAUCAGCAGCUCCAACAAAAGCAGACCACAAUCUCUGCAGAGGGUAAAGAGUGUUACUGCUCUUUGGAAUAGUGCUGCAGAAUCUAGGUCUCCUCAAUUAUCACCCCGUGCUCGUUCGCCAAUCAAACUACCUACACAAGAUGACGAAAACGCUGCCAUGGUUUCUGCAGGCUUGCGAUCUCGAAGCCCAGUUGAAGUCGAUGAAGAACCAAAGCCCGAUAUGGCAAGACCACUCCCAACCCCCCCGCUGAAGGUCCAAUCUCCAAUCAAACAAUCCAUACACGAUAUCGAAACUGCUGCCACGGAGUCAGCGGGUCUGCGGUCUCCCCGGUCGUUCAAUAUUCAAUCACCAUCUGCUGUCCAGACUGAAACAUCGGAAACUGCUCCAAUAGUUCCAACCACACCCAAGGUCACAACUCCAAUCACACUUCCUAGUCAAGAGGACGAAGAAACUGUUAUAGCUCCAAGUCCACCGAAGGUUCUAUUGCCAGUCAAGCUACCUGCAGAAGACGAUGGAAAUGCUGGUUUCGUCCGACCUGCCUUGAAUUGGCGAGAUCGACUCAAUAAGCCUAAACCGGCGCCUCUUCAACUAUCAAACCAAGAGGACGAAAAUUUUGGUAUGGUUGCAAGCCUACCCAAAGUUCAAUCGCCAGUUAAGCUACCUACGCAAGACGAUGGGAAUGCCGACUUGGUUCGUCCUGUUUUGAAUUGGCGAGGUCGCAUUAACAGGCAUCAAGCGCCCAUCGAGUUACCUGCAGAAGAGGACGAAAAUACUGUGGUAGUUCCAAGUCCACUCAAAGUCACAUCACCAGUCAAACUUCCUACUCAGGACGUUGAUGACGCUGCUCAAGUGUCGACUGAUUUGCGCUCUCCCAAUGUACCAAAGGUUGAGUCGCCAGGGAAACCACCUGCAGAGGAUGUAAAUGGUCCCAUAGUCUCUCCUGGUUUACGCUCUCCAAAUCCACCUAGCGUCAAAUCGCCGGUUAAGGUACCCAUACACGAGGACGAAAGUACUGCCUCGGUAUCACCUGGCUUACGCUCUCCAAACCCACCCGAAGCUCAAUCAACAGCCAAGCUGUCGAUGAAAGAGGACGAAAAUGCUACCACCGUCUCUACUGGAUUACGCUCUCCAACUCCACCUAGAGUCAACUCACCGAUCAAGUUGCCCACCCAAGAGGAUGAGGAUGCUCCCAUGGAGCAGUCUGGUACACGUUCUCCAAGCCCACCCAAGGUUCAAUCGCCAGUCAAGCUUGUAGAAGAGGGGAAAUAUGGGACCAAGGUUUCUCCUGGUUUACGCUCUCCAAGUCCAGCUAAAGUCACAUCACCAAUCAAGUCACCCACGCAAGACGAUGGGGAUGCUCCCAUGGAGUCAGCUGGUUUGCGGUCUCCAAGUCCGCCUAAACUCCAGUCGCCGAUCAAGUUGUCUCAGCAAGAGUACAAGAAUGCUGUCAUGACUUCAAGUCCACCUAAUAUUCAAUCGCCAGCCAAGCUUGUAGAGGAGGACAAAUAUAGGACCAUGGUGUCUCCUGGUUUACGCUCUCCAAUUCCAGCUAAGGUCACAUCACCAGUCCAGUCACCCACGCAAGAGGAUGAGAAUGCUACCAUAAAGUCGACUGUUUUGCGAUCUCCAAGUCCGCCUAAACUCCAAUCGCCGAUUAAGUUGUCUCCACGCGUGGAUCAAAAUGCUACCAAUGUCCCUAUCAAUUUGCGAUCCCGAACACCACCCAAAAUUGCAUCACCGGUUGCCAUUGAAACACCGAAACCCGCUCUCGCGAGACCGCUUCCUAUACCAACGAAGAUCAUAUCAGCUCCAUUAAGUGCUGCUAAUUCUUCCUUCAAUGUGUCUCCGAAACUCGCCGAUAGCAUGGUUCCACAGGCCUCCGAAGCAUCGAAAUUGGUCACCGGAUUUUUCGGUAAACAGAAGCCACCACCACAAGAAUAUCGUGUUGAUACCGUGGAACUUUUGGCUGCACGGCCUGAUCACGACAACAGCAUCAAGACCUUACGUUCAACUCUGUACGUGAUCAGCGCAGAUGGUCAAAAGCAGGUAGUCCCCAGCCAUCAGGAGCGCAUGUUAUUCGAGGGCAACCUUUACUUAUGCUACCACAACUUUGUUAACAAGGCUGGCAAGACGGUAUCUGAGAUGUACUACUGGCUAGGUGAUAGUGUUCCUCGGAAAACCACCGCAGAGGUUGAGGCUGUUGCUCGUAAGGAGGCUAAGAGCGCUGGUGCCAAACUGAUAGUUCUUAAUCAAGGCAAAGAAACACCUGAAUUCUUCCAAGCCAUCGGAGGAAUCCUGAUCAUCAGACGUGGCACCAUGAAUAAAUUUGACUCUCUAGCGCCUCACAUAUUAUGCGGGCAGAAAUAUUUUGGGCAGAUUGCGUUCGACGAAGUGGAUUUCAAUCAAAACAGCCUAUGCUCGGGAUUUCCAUAUCUCAUCUCCACGCCAUCCGGGAAAUCAUAUUUGUGGAAGGGAAAAGGUAGCGGCAUUGAAGAACUUAGCUGCGCUCGACUCAUUGGCAUGGACUUUGGAUUGACAGGUGAAAUUGAGGAGAUUGAAGACGGCAAGGAAACACAAGCUUUCUUGGACGUUUUUGGUGGCACAGAGAUACCUGUCUCUGCCGAUCACUGGAGAUUAAAACCCAAUUACAGCAAGUACUGCAGUCGUCUCUUCUGUGCUGACGCCUCCAAUAAGAAACAGGUAAGCAGUCCAUCGGCUCUUUGCGAUGAUCUUCACAUUCAUGGGUUUUGUAACUAACCCGCAAAACUCUGACAGAUUACGGAAAUCAGCCCCUUUGGCCAAGCGGACCUUCUCCCCUCCAAGAUCUACAUCCUCGAUGCCUUUUUUGAGAUCUACAUCGUGGUUGGCGCGAAAGCUCAGGGCGAAUAUGUCAGUUUCCAUCAUGCUCUUACCUUUGUGCAGGAGUAUGGGAUUUUCGCGGCCAGUAUGGAGGAUCGACCGUUUGUCCCUGUGUCGACGGUGGUUAUUGAGGGCAUUCCGAGGGAUAUGAAGGGUAUCUUUCGAUGUUGGAGGGAAGAACUUACCCCUACUCUUGUGAGGCAGGCAGGGAUUGGAGGUGCGAGUAUGGACGGGGGGUUGAGGAGAGGGAGGAGUUUGAGAGUUGUUCCGUUGAAUGCUGCGAUUGAGGCAACGAGGUGAUUAUUAUACUCGUUGUCGGACAAUCUUCUUAGGGGAACAUGGGAUGAUGAAGUUGUACGUGUAUGCUUUGGGUUUCUGCUCCUUUGGUCUGGUCUGCGGAGUUACUGCAUUUUGCGGCGUGUACUAUAUGCGGAUGGAUGGUAUGGUGGGGUACAUGAAAUGUGUCUGUCUUGUUUGUGUACGGCGGUUUCCUUUUUUUUUUACCUCUUUGCCUUCUUGUAAAUACGGUUGGUAGGGUAUGGUAGGCAAAGAUUUCAUUGUGUUCGGGUCGGUAUGCAUACGUGGAUUGCAUGGACUUGUCGUGAAUUUCUUUUUUUUUUUUCUCUUUAAAAAAAUGAGAAUUCUAUACACGGGGAAAGUGAGGUACUACCUUCCUAUCGCGGGCAGGAUGAGAGGAGAGAAGAGAAGAAGUGUAGAGAAGAGAGAAGAAGAGAAGUAGAGUAGCAUGGUAGGAGUAGAGAAGUUCAAGGAGCGAAUACUAUAGCGGUGUUUGUCCAUGAGUGUGGG